AUGCCUGAGAGUAUAAUAUACGAAGAUACUCCUUUUGCCCAAUAUUUAGCUGAAAUUGGCAGCGAAGAAGAAGUUGUUAAACAACCAGAACCAAAAGGUUUUGAAUCAGAAGAACACGCAACAGAGAAACAUAAAACUGCUUUUCGUGAAAAAUUACUUUCAACCUCAUACGAAACAAUAACAUAUUUAAAGGAAACAUUAUCAACCGCUCUUCCUCUUCGAGAAGAAAAUCAAUUUGAAGAACGCUUUAAAUACAUUCUUUGCACCUCACACCUUUUAAAUGAAGCGCCCUCAAUACAUUUUUAUGAUAGUCGAAGACCAAUUGUAACUGAUAUUACGGAAGCUGGACAGUACUUUGGCGGUCUAACUAGACGAAAUUUCGAAAUUUUGUUGAGUACUUUUGUGACUUUGGUUAGCGUAUUUCUUGCAUGGGUAUUACAAGCCGAUUCAAAAGACUCAACCGGAAGAUUGGUGCGAUUACCCAUAGCUCUCAUAACACCGAUAAUUGCCUCUUUCUGGCUAUAUAGACAUAUGCGACGAAAGGCCAUGAAAACUUUACAUGAUUCAGCAUUACACUUGGUGCAAGUGCUUGUUUAUAACUGUCAAACAUUUGAUCUCAAAGUUAACAAAGCAUUAAUAAUGAUUCAGGAAAUUGAGCUCGUAUCUCGAGGCUACAGAUUAUCCAUGCCACUUUCUCCGAUUACUCGUAUCGAACAGUCGUCUAAAACUCGGCGAUGUAUUGCACUUCGUGAUACAUUACAUGCCAUCCUCCGGGAAGCUUUUAUGGGAUAUCGCCGUGCAAUUAUGACAAUUCAACCAGAAAUUUCUCAAGCUAGCUUAAAUAUUAUGUAUAACAUGUACAAUAUCCCCUCGAGCGUAAAAGAAGAUGAUUGGAAUAUGGACGACGUUGAAGAUCCGACCUCUUUAGAAAAUUUGCGUCUAUGUUUCCAAAAAAUGCACUCAAAAAGAAGGGAAUGUUUGUGUCAUUUAUUGGCGCUGGAUGUCAUGACUUCUGGCAGAGAUUCUGAUCGACGAGAUUAUGAACAACAUUGGGCUGCUGUAAAUGAACACAUCAAUGAAUUAGGCUCUAUUACUGGACAUUAUUUAGAUACAGUGAUUGCGUCAUCUACAAAUGAGCCAUUGGAUGCACUACCACCACCAAACCAAGAUAUACUUUCUCGACUUACUCAUUUUGCACCAGACAAACGUUUGCGUGCAUAUCUUCAUAAAUUGGCAUCCAUUGAACAAUAUGUUCGUGGUAUUCAAGCCAAAGUAUAUCUUUGUAAUGAAGAUGCUCGCAAAUAUUAUGAAACUGAAGGUUUUGUCGAUCCGAAGGAAUCAGAACUCUUGAUGAAUCAAUACAAUUCGUUAGCGCAAGAUUUCUCUUUUAUGGCACAAGAAUGGCAAGAAGGAAAACAAGCGCUCACAAAAUUGAUUCAAGAACCCGAAGAUCCUGAUACUCCUGCAGUGAAUAGACGUUCACUUGAAGUUGACAUGUCAAAUCAGGAACAAGAAAGUACAGAAAACGAUGAAAAUAGUUCGGAAAGAACAUUAAUUGAUUGGCAACAGAUUGACGAACCUUUGGAUGUACCAGAGCAAUACUUUGAGGCAAUAGCAGAACCUGAAGCAAAACAGACAUUAACAAGAGAAGAAAGAAUCGCUAUUCAAAAGGCAAAAAAAGCCGAGGAGGUACGAGCAUACUUUGCGGUCGGCGCAGAAGGGAGGGGCAUAUUUAUAGCGAGUUCAUGA